UGUUCGAGAGUUUGAAACUGACCGCGUACGACCUUAGCAUUGACACCGAUACAAUGUGUCAGGUGUCUAUUAUUGUGAUUGCGGGUUUACCAAAAACUGAAAGAAACGUUAGCAUUAGUUCAGAUCAGAUUCUCGAGAGUUCAGCUUUGGACGAGGAGACUCGGUUGAAUUUUCCCACAACUUCUGAAAUUCACGGGAGAGUGUGA